GUCCAGGGCGCCCAGCAAUUAAUAUUAGUAGAGACCAGUUGGAGAUGUUAUUAUCACAAGGUCUUACUGCGAAGAAAAUGGCAAAGUCUUUCAGGUGCAGUGUGGCUACAAUUUACAAGAGAUGCUAUGAAGAAAACUUGAAAUUUAGAUUUAAGUAUUCCACCAUUAUUGAUGAAGAACUGAAAAUUAUAAUGGGAGGGUUGCUCGAAAAACACCCUAAUUGUGGCAGUGUGAUGAUGGAAGGAUAUCUGAAAUCUGAGGGAAUUAUAUUACAAAGAAAACGAAUUAGAAAAAUUUUAUGUGAAAUUGAUCCUAUUGGGACAGCAAGCAGAUGGAGUGGAACAAUAAAAAGAAGAUUGUAUAAAGUUGCUACACCAAAUUCUUUGUGGCACAUGGAUGCUCAUAUGAAGUUAUCGAGGUGGGGAUUUGUUACACAUGGCUGUAUUGAUGGAUAUUCCAGAGUCAUCAUUUAUGUUUCUUGUACCACAUCUGUCACUGCAGAAACCGUUAUAAAUUUAUUUGUUCCUGCUGUAAAAAAAUAUGGAUUACCUUCGCGUAUGAGAUCUGAUCAUGGAUUAGAAAAUUUGUUCGUUGCUAUACUGAUGAAUUCUGUUCGUGGCUUACGGAGAGGUAGUCAUAUAACAGGAAGGUCAGUGCACAACCAAAGAAUUGAACGGCUAUGGGUUGAUGUUUUUAAGCAAGUCAUCAACAA